AGAAAGUCCAGCACAUAGUGCGAGGUAGUCUGCAGAAACGCAGCAGCGCGUCUCAGCCUGAAUGCCCCAGCUGCUUUAAAGCAGCCACCGCGCGCGAGACCUGGCCACUUUGGUGCUUGGUGUUGCUGGUGAACGAUGAUUAAAACCAAAUAGGGCGCACAGCUGUGGCGUGCGCUUAUUUUGUCUCUUCUGUCCGUUGCUCCUGGAUCACUUCUGUCAGUCUGUCGCUCAUUCUUUAGGAGAGAUCCACAUCCUGCAGAAAGAAAGAUCAGAUCCGGAUCGGCCUUGGCGCACGCAGAUCUGCGUUUAGUCCAGGGGCUGUGUAAAUCUCUGCUCGGAUUUUUAAGGAGAGUCGAACUGAAGUAGCGUCUCGAGAGGAGAAGCCGAGCAGAAUGUGGCCGCGACGGCUGCUGGAGUGCGCUGUGGGGCUCGCGGCGCUCGUGGCGCUGUCUGUGGUGUCUGGAGACAGCGCCGUGGGAGACGCCAACACAGACAAACCUGCGGACCAGCGAGUCAGCAGGACCAUGCGCCGGGCCGGGGGGCAAGACAUUCUGAAAGGCCCCAAUGUGUGUGGAUCACGUCACCAAACCUACUGCUGUCCUGGCUGGAAAACGCUGACCGGUGGAAACCAGUGCAUUGUCCCCAUCUGUCGCAGCUCAUGUGGAGAUGGAUUCUGCUCCAGACCAAACAUGUGUACCUGCCCCAGUGGACAGGUUGCUCCGUCCUGCGGCUCCAAAUCAGCCCAAAACUGUAACAUCCGCUGCAUGAAUGGGGGAACCUGUGCUGAGGACCACUGUUUGUGUCAGAAAGGAUAUGCUGGAACACACUGUGGCCAGCCGGUGUGUGAAUCUGGCUGCCUGAACGGGGGACGGUGUGUUGCUCCAAACCGCUGUGUGUGUACGUACGGCUUCACUGGAGCUCAGUGUGAACGAGAUUACCGGACGGGUCCAUGUUUUGCAUCAGUAAGUAACCAGAUGUGCCAGGGUCAGCUGACGGGUAUCGUGUGCACUAAGACCAUGUGCUGUGCUACAGUGGGCAGGGCCUGGGGGCAUCCCUGUGAGCAAUGCCCCGCUCAGCCACAUCCCUGCCGCCGAGGCUUCAUCCCUAACCACCGCACAGGAGCCUGCCAGGAUGUGGAUGAAUGCCAGGCCAUACCUGGUCUGUGUCAGGGGGGACACUGCAUCAACACAGUGGGCUCAUUCGAGUGUAAAUGCCCUGCUGGACAUCGAUUCAAUGAGAUCAACCAGAAGUGUGAAGAUAUCGACGAAUGUGGCAGGAUUCCUGGCCUGUGCAGUGGUGGAGAAUGCUCCAACACUAUCGGUAGCUACUUCUGCAGGUGUCCAGUGGGCUUCGACACUGCGCUGGAUGGGUCACGCUGCAUCGAUAACCGUGCGGGCUUUUGCUACGACAGCAUUCUAAACGGGCACUGUGCCAACCUGAUUGCCCAGCGCAUGACCAGAACCCAGUGCUGCUGUAACACAGGUCGCUGCUGGGCUGCAACCGCCGUGCCUGAGAUGUGCCCCAUCCGUGGAACAGAGGAGUACCGCGUACUGUGUCUACAGGUCUUGCCGGGCCCGGUGCGUCCUGGCGUUCCUGGCGGUCCUAGCAUUCCUGGCGGUCCUGGUCCAUUCGUUCCUGGUGGUCCGGACAAGGUUGUCCCUGGUGUACCCCAGAUCAUCACCCCUAGAAUCCACAUUCCAGGAUACCCACAACCCCAUCAACCUCUGCAACCUUUAACCCCGGACAUUACUCCACAUAGACCUGAUGUCCUCCCCCAGAACAUCACGAAUAUGUGCGAUGCCGUGAGGAACCUGUGUGUAAACGGCCGAUGCAUCCCCAUUCCUGGCAGCUACCGCUGUGAGUGCAACAUGGGCUUCCAGCUGGACCCCCGUGGCGAGUGUAUCGAUGAUGACGAGUGUGAGCGGAACCCCUGUUUGCACGGUCAGUGUAUAAACACUCCUGGAUCCUACUACUGCCAGUGUCCAGCUGGGUUCCAGACCACUGCUACUAGAACAGAGUGCAAAGAUCUGGAUGAGUGUGUCGCUAACGGUCGGAUCUGUAAUAACGGACGAUGUGUUAAUACUGAGGGCAGUUUCCACUGUGUUUGCAAUGCUGGUUUUGAACUCACUCGUGAUGGAAAGAACUGCCAAGAUAUGGAUGAGUGUCAGAUUAAGAACAUCUGUUUGAAUGGCAUGUGUAUCAAUGACGACGGCAGCUUCAAAUGCAUCUGCAAAUCUGGGUUUCGUCUGGGCAGCACUGGACGUUAUUGCACAGAUAUCGAUGAGUGUGAGACUCCUGGGAUGUGUUUGAAUGGGCACUGUGUUAACACAGAUGGCUCCUUUAGGUGUGAAUGCAUGGCUGGUCUUGCUGUUGGCCUCGAUGGACGAACAUGUGUGGACACACACAUGCGCAGCACGUGUUACGGAGGUUAUAAGCGGGGACAGUGUGUGUGGCCGUUCUUCGGCGCCGUCACUAAGUCAGAAUGCUGCUGUGUCAAUGUGGAGUAUGCAUUCGGCGAGCCAUGCCAACCCUGCCCAUCUCAGAGCUCAGCUGAGUUUGCGGCUCUUUGUCCAAGUGGAAUAGGCACCACUACCGAUGGCAGAGAUAUCAAUGAGUGUGCCCUGAAUCCUGACAUCUGUCAGAAUGGUGUCUGUGAGAACAUGCUUCGUACCUACAAAUGCAACUGUAACCAGGGCUUUGAGGUGGACUCCACUGGAAAGAACUGCGUGGAUAUUGAUGAGUGUGCAGUGAACAGGCUUCUGUGUGAUAAUGGUCUGUGUCGGAACACACCAGGCAGCUACACGUGCCACUGCCCCAAAGGCCUGGUCUUCCACCCGGAGACAGAAGUGUGCGAGGAUAUUGACGAGUGCGAAUCAAACCCCUGUCUGAAUGGAGAGUGUAAGAACACACUGGGUAGCUUCACCUGUUUGUGCUCUGCGGACAGCACCCUGGACAGCUCUGGGAUGCAAUGCAUUGAGACGAGUAAGAGCACAUGCUGGUUGAAGGUAGUGAAUGGGAAGUGUGAGGUGAACAUUAAUGGAGCUACACUGAAGUCUCACUGCUGUGCCACACUGGGGGCUGCCUGGGGUUCACCAUGUACUGUGUGUACACCAGAUCCAUUUUGUCCUAAAGGACACGCCCGAGUCAAAGGAACAAUCUGUGAAGAUGUGAACGAGUGCGAGUUGUUUCCAGGCGUGUGCAUCAACGGAAAAUGUAUGAACACCGUGGGGUCAUUUAUCUGUCAGUGCCCGAGUGGAAUGACCCUCGACAGUUCAGGAAGAAUCUGUAUCGACCUGCGUACAGAGCACUGUUAUCUGUCUCACGAGGAUGAGCGUUGCGGAGCUCCCAUCCCCGGCCGCCACCGCGUGGACGCGUGCUGCUGCUCAGUGGGCGUGGCCUGGGGUCCAGAGUGUGACGAGUGUCCUGAGAAGGGGACGUCCGAGUACAACCUGCUGUGUCCCCGCGGGCUGGGCUUCUCUCACCGCGGAGAUUUUAUCAACGGGAAACCCUUCCUCAAAGAUAUAAAUGAAUGCAAGAUGAUCCACAGCCUGUGCACAAAUGGAAAGUGCCGGAACACUAUUGGCAGUUUCCGCUGCAGGUGUGACGGUGGUUAUGCUCUUGACUCGGAGGAAAGGAACUGCACAGAUAUCGAUGAGUGCCAUAUCUCCCCUGAUCUGUGUGGUCAUGGAACCUGUGUUAACACAGCGGGCGACUUUGAGUGCCAGUGUUUCCCUGGUUACGAGAGCGGGUUUAUGAUGAUGAAGAACUGCAUGGACAUUAACGAGUGUGAGCAAAAUCCGCUGCUGUGUCGUGGUGGUGAGUGUAUCAACACGGAAGGAAGUUUCCAGUGCCAGUGUCCUCCUGGCCACGAGAUUACACAGGAUGGCACUGCCUGCCUUGAUAUUAAUGAGUGUGAGCUGAGUGAUAAGCUGUGUAGGAAUGGACAGUGUGUCAAUACGAUCGGCCACUACCAGUGCUCAUGCCACACAGGCUACAAGCCCACUGAGGACCAUCUCUCCUGCAUCGAUAUUGACGAGUGCACUAUCAUGAAUGGCGGUUGUGAGAGCUCCUGCACAAACUCAGAGGGAAGUUAUGAGUGUAGCUGUCAGCGUGGAUAUGCUCUGAUGCCAGACCAGCGUAGCUGCACUGACAUUGAUGAAUGUGAGGAGAGCCCUGAUAUCUGUGAAGGAGGCCAGUGUACCAACAUCCCUGGAGAGUAUCAGUGUCUGUGUUUUGAUGGCUUCAUGUCCUCUGAAGAUAUGAAGACCUGUCUGGAUGUGGAUGAGUGUUUGCUAAACCCUAAUAUAUGUCUGAGUGGAAAAUGUGAAAACACCAAGGGCUCUUUCAUCUGCCACUGUGACCUGGGCUAUUCUGUCAGGAAGAGCACAACAGGCUGCGCAGAUAUUAAUGAGUGUGAGAUUGGAGCGCAUAACUGUGCCAGACAUGCAACCUGCACCAACACAGCAGGAAGCUUCAAAUGCAGCUGUGCACCAGGGUGGCUCGGGAACGGGAUCGUUUGCACAGAUCUGGAUGAGUGUUCUAAUGGCACACACAUGUGUAGCCCCAGCGCAGAAUGCAUGAAUACCUUGGGCUCAUACCGCUGCAUGUGUAAGGAAGGGUUCAGUGGAGAUGGCUUCUACUGCAAAGACUCUGAUGAGUGUGCAGAAAAUGUGAAUCUGUGUGAAAAUGGCCACUGUCUUAAUGUUCCUGGCGAUUACCGGUGUGAAUGUGAUAUGGGCUUCAUACCAACACUGGACGGCAAAGCAUGUGAAGACAUUGAUGAAUGCACCUUUGCUGAUAUCUGUGUGAACGGCCGGUGUCGAAAUAUUCCGGGUUUGUUUAGGUGUGAGUGUCACAUUGGCUUUGAGUUGGACCGAAGUGGUGGAAACUGCACAGAUGUAAACGAGUGUGCAGACCCAACCACCUGUAUCAGCGGGUUUUGUGUGGACACACCGGGCAGCUACAUAUGUAACUGCCCCCCCGACUUCCAGCUCAACCCUACAGGGGUGGGCUGUGUGGACACUCGUUCUGGUAAUUGCUACCUGGAUGUGCGUUCCCGUGGCGACGCCUCAGAGAGUCUGGAUUGUUCCAAUGAGAUCGGGGUGGGCGUGUCUAAAGCCUCUUGCUGCUGUUCAUUGGGCCAGGGAUGGGGGACACCCUGUGAGGCCUGCCCCCCUCUCAACUCCUCUGAAUAUAAGUCUUUGUGCCCUGGUGGUGAAGGUUUCAAACCUAACCCCAUUACUGUUAUACUGGAGGACAUAAAUGAAUGUCAGGAGCUGCCUGGUUUGUGUCAGGGAGGAAACUGCAUUAACACAUUUGGAAGUUUUCAUUGUGAGUGCCCGAAAGGCUUUGAACUGAAUGAGGAAACCAGAGUUUGUGAAGAUGUGAAUGAAUGUGAUAGGCCUGGGAUCUGUGGUCCAGGUCAGUGCUACAAUACCAUAGGAAACUACACCUGCAUCUGCCCUCCAGAUUACAUGCAGGUGAAUGGGGGAAACAACUGCAUGGAUAUGCGACGCAGUCUGUGCUAUAGGAACUAUUAUUCAGAUAAUGCUACAUGUGAUGGUGAGCUCACGUUCAACAUGACCAAGAAAAUGUGCUGCUGCUCAUAUAACAUUGGCCGGGCUUGGAACAAACCCUGUGAAGUAUGUCCUGUCCCCAGCACCAAUGAUUUUGCAGUUCUUUGUGGCAGUGAGAGACCUGGAUACUACAUUGAUAUCUACACUGGACAAGUGAUUGAUAUUGACGAAUGCCGGGAGAUUCCUGGAGUGUGCGAGAAUGGAGUGUGUAUUAACAUGAUUGGCAGCUUCCGGUGUGAAUGUCCGAUGGGUUUCAUCUACAACGACAAACUGCUUGUCUGUGAAGAUAUUGAUGAGUGUCAAAAUGGGCCGAUAUGUCAGCAGAACGCUGUGUGUUCGAACCUAGCCGGAGGCUACCGCUGUGACUGCAAAUCAGGAUAUCGCCUUACUCCAACCGGACAGUGUUUAGACCGUGACGAGUGUGCAGAAAACCCUAAUGUGUGCAGUCCGGGCCAGUGUAUGGACACAGUGGGGAGUUACUGGUGCACCUGCCCCAAUGGCUACAAGACCACGUCUGCCCCUGCCAUGUGCAUCGACGUUGAUGAGUGUGAGAGGCAGCCGUGUGGUAACGGAACAUGUAAGAACACUGUGGGCUCCUACAACUGCCUCUGCUUCCCAGGAUUCCAGCUGUCGCACAACAUUGACUGCAUUGAUGUUGAUGAGUGUACCACACAGAGAGUAUGCCAGAAUGGGAACUGUAUAAACACUGUUGGUUCCUUCGUCUGCGUGUGCCAGGAGGGAUAUGAACUUUCUCCAGAUCGUAGGAUGUGUGUGGAUACCAACGAGUGUGUUCUCAAGCCCACGGCUUGCAGUCCGGGUACCUGUCAAAAUCUGGACGGCUCAUUCAGAUGCAUCUGCCCUCCUGGGUACUACGUGAAAGAUGAUAGCUGUGAAGACAUUGAUGAGUGUGCUCAGUCUCCGGACAUCUGUGUCUUUGGGACAUGUGAGAACACUGCAGGAAGCUUCAAGUGCAAAUGUCCUGAAGGGUUCCAGCUUGCCUCAAAUGGAAAGAGAUGUGUGGAUAUGAGGGAGAGUUUUUGCUACACCAAGUUUGAAAGCGGCAGGUGUUUGGCCCCGAAGCCUCUGAACACCACUAAAGGCCACUGUUGUUGCAGUGCCAUGCCUGGCCAGGGUUGGGGGAGCCCCUGCGAGAUCUGUCCUAGCAGUAACGAAGAGGCCUUCAGGGACCUGUGCUUCCGUGUGGGGCUGCCUUACGGCGUGGAAAAGCCUGAGGAUACCGAUGAGUGCAAAGAUACUCCCAACAUCUGCCAUAAUGGCGUGUGCAUUAACACAGACGGAGCCUACCGCUGCGAGUGCCCCUUCGGCUACACCCUUGACUCCUCCAAGGUCCACUGUAUAGAUGUAGAUGAGUGUUCUCUGGGGAAUCCAUGUGGUAAUGGCACCUGCACUAAUGUGUUAGGUGGGUUCGAGUGUACAUGUGACGAGGGCUUUGAACCGGGACCCAUGAUGUCCUGUGAAGAUGUGAACGAGUGUUCCCAGAAUUCUUUGCUGUGCGCGUUCCGCUGUGUGAACACGUAUGGCUCGUAUGAGUGUAAGUGCCCUGCAGGAUACGUGCUUCGGGAAGACCGUAGGAUGUGCAAAGACCAGGAUGAGUGUGCAGAUGGGUUGGAUGACUGUGAGUCCAGAGGAAUGACCUGCAAGAACUUGAUUGGCACCUUCAUGUGUAUCUGUCCUGAGGGCUACACUAGACAGCCCAGCGGAGAGAGCUGCAUGGAUCUGAACGAGUGUGCUGCUCGGCCCGCUGUCUGUGCCAACGGCCGCUGUGAGAACACACUGGGCAGCUACCAGUGCCGAUGUGACCAAGGCUUCGUCCCCAAUCCCACCCACACCGAGUGUAUCGAUAACCGCCAGGGGUUCUGUUACACGGAGGUUCUGCAGACCCUGUGCCAGAUGGCCUCCAGCAGCCGGGUGAGCGUGACAAAGUCAGAGUGCUGUUGUGAUGGAGGCCGUGGGUGGGGGCCCAGUUGUGAGCUCUGCCCACUGCCUGGUACCACUCAGUACAAGAAGAUGUGUCCCUUCGGACCUGGCUACAGCACAGAUAGGCAGGAUAUCGACGAGUGUAAGGUGAUGGGGAACCUGUGUAAGAACGGCCAGUGUGUGAACACGUUGGGCUCCUACAAAUGCACCUGUAAACCAGGAUACGCCCCCGACAUCAGUGGCACCAUCUGUGUGGAUGUGGAUGAGUGUGCACAGGCUCCCAAGCCAUGCAACUUUAUCUGUAAGAACAUAGUGGGAGGAUACACAUGCUCCUGCCCACGGGGAUAUAUACUGCAAGAGGACCGGAAGAGCUGUAGAGAUCUGGAUGAAUGUUCCACUAAGCAGCAUAACUGUCAGUUCCUGUGCGUGAACACGAUUGGUGGUUUCACCUGCAAGUGUCCGCCUGGGUUCACCCAACACCACACUGCCUGCAUUGACAAUAACGAGUGUACGGUGGACCCCGCUCUGUGUGGUCCGAAUGGAGUAUGUCAGAACAGUCCGGGAAGCUUCAGCUGUGAAUGCCAGAGAGGGUUCACUCUGGACCAGAGCAGCCAGCACUGUGAAGACAUGGACGAGUGUGAAGGGAGCCAUCGUUGUCAGCACGGCUGCCAGAACCUGGUUGGUGGCUACAGGUGCAGCUGCCCUCAGGGCUAUCUCCAGCACUACCAGUGGAACCAGUGCAUAGACGAGAACGAGUGUCAGAACAGUCAGAUUUGUGGUGGUGCGUCGUGCCACAACACACUGGGCAGCUUCCGCUGUCUGUGUCCAACGGGCUUCUCCUUCGAGCAGGCGAGUGGAGGCUGUCAGGACAUUAAUGAAUGCUCGUCAUCCAAGAACCCCUGCACCUUUGGAUGCUCCAACACGGACGGGGGCUACCUGUGCGGCUGCCCCCCUGGGUACUUCAGAGCUGGACAGGGGCACUGUGUAUCAGGAGUAGGCUUUGGCAGCAGUAACCCUGGUGGUGUAGCAGUGGAGGGAGAUGAGAACUCCCUGUCCCCGGAGAUCUGCUAUGAGUGCAAAAUCAACGGCUACCCCAAAAAAGGCAGGAAGCGGCGGGGUGCAGGAGAACAUCUGUGGGACGCACAGGUUGAUCAGGAGCUUGUAAGCUUGGCUAGCGUGGACAUAGACGACACCAUUUAUUUCAACCUGAACAUCAGCGACCUGAACAGUAAAGACCACAUCAUCGAAUUUGUGCCGGCUCUGUCCACCCUCACCAACCACGUCCGCUACGCCAUCGACAUCGGUAAUGAGGACGGCCUGUUCAAACUCAACAAUAAGCAUGGAAUCAGCUACCUGCAUUUAUCCAAGAGCAAGCACCUUCUUCCUGGAGCGUACUAUUUACAAAUAAGCAGUGUACCUCUGUACCACAAGAAGGAACUGGCUGCGUUGGAGGACAGGCACGAUAAAGACUACCUCAGUGGACAGCUGGGAGAUGUGCUUCGCGUCAAACUGCAGAUCGUCCUGCACUAGCCCAGCAUGCCACAGGGGGAGCUAACGGCCGAAGACACAGAGAGGACUCCUUUUGUCGUGGCCAAAAAUCUCUUCACAUAUCACAGAUACAGAUCUCCUACAGUUAACAACAACGACAGUAGUAAUAAAUGCUAUUCCAUUGUGCUCAUACCGUAAGAAAGAGAAAAGGAACUGAAGAAAACAACAUUCUCAUUCUCGUCGAGGACAGCCACUCUGUGUGGUGUUGGUGUGGUGUGUGAAGCUGGUGGGUGGAGAGGGGUUUAUUACAUGCGGGCUACAGAAGGGCAUGGAUGCCGAGAAACUCUCCACCUCCUGACACACAUUGAGCAGUUUGAUCGAGCCUUAAAGGCCCUCUGCUUAGUUCAUUUUUGCUCUCUCCACCUUUUUGGUUUUUGUUUUGCCAAUUAGCUCUCAGUUUUAAUCGUAUUUACUGGUGCUAAUAACAUGUCAACAUUAGAUUUAUGAAUGCACUGUAAUACUCUACCGGCGCAAGAGCUACUAUUACUGUUCUGGCAAAUUUCAGUUUCAAGCGUCUUCUUGCAAGUGAACCAAUAGCCGCUCUCUCACCACUUAUGCCUCCUGCUGCGUGCAUUAAGUGUGUGUGUACUGUAACCAAGCCACUUUUAACUUGGGAGUCUUGUUAACGUGUUAUACACCCUGGACUGGAGGGGUUUCAAUGGUGCUCAUUAUAAUGACCAACUCAUUUUAUGUAACUGUAUACAUUCACAAUUCUGACGAAAAGGUUAAUAACGUCUAGGACUCCAGACUACUGCACUGAGGCCUUUAUGGCCACAAACACACACUCGCAAGUACAGUCAGUGCUAUCGCCACGGUGACAAUUAAAAAAAACAAACAACACCACCAUAAUAAAGUACAGGAGUUGUUCUGUGUAGGUCAGUGCCUUCACCACGGUGACAAAAAAACGACCAUCGUCAUUUAGUACAGAAUUGUGUUCUGUGUUCACAUCUGUGAGGAGCUGUAAAUUCACAAUAAAUACAUAUUUUGUGGUUUUAA